AUUCAAUUAAAAAUAUGGAAAUAAAGAAGUAUCGUUCUGAUCAGGCGAUAAUAGUAUCAUAGACUUUCUUUUGCGUAACCAACUGCAUGACUCCAAGUGGUGCAGGAGCAAAACGUCCGGGCUGCAGAAACCAGUAGAACGUUCUGGUGGGUCCGCGAAGCUUGGUGUAAGUGGACGGAAGCGACGACAACGUUAGUGAAGAUGAGAUGAUUGUUCGAUAACCUUCGAUAGCCAAGUAAACUACGAUCGACCUGAAAAGUCUAGAAACAUCGGUACCAUUCAUCUCGUUGUUUCCCAAUUCUUUUUAGUCAGACGAUGGUGGGGAUCGUUGUUGCGUCGCGCGCGAAACGUCAAGAAAAUGCUAGACGCUCUGCCUUCGAGUAGAUAAAGAGGUCUCGACGUCGCUUGAAACUUGUUUCUGAAUUCCCCAGAUCACCAUCACAACACAAAGAAAUCAAAACAAUUCUUCAUGAGAGCUUCAAGAGCUAUCACUUCAAAACUACCACGACAAAUCUCCAAAGUAAUUGUCAACCCACACACCACACGCAAAAUGUCGCUAUUCGGCCCACGAUUCUACAACACUCCCGAGUACUCCCCCAACUUCUCGGGACUCUUCCGUCUCAUUGACGACUUCGACAAGUAUGCCUCCCAGUCCGGCGAUGUCCAGGGCCAGCGAGCUGGUCGUCACGUCCAGCCAUUCAUCACCCCCAAGUUUGACAUCCAUGAGGACGAGACCGCCUACCACUUGAACGGCGAGCUCCCCGGCGUCCCCAAGGAGAACGUCCACAUCGAGUUUACCGACGACCAGACCAUCUCCGUCCGCGGCAAGGUCGAGCGCUCCUACCAGUCCGGCACCCCUCCAGCCACUCUCGAGGGAGCCCAGAAGAGCGCUGCCAUCACCGAGGGCGGCGAGAACAACAACCACCAUGCCACCGUCCAGGACGAAGCCGCCGAGGGCAAGGCCAAGGAAGUCGCCAAGACCGAAGAAAAAUCCAAGGCCGCUGCUGCCGCUCCCAAGUCCCGGUUCUGGGUCUCGGAGCGCAGCGUAGGCGAGUUCUCGCGCAGCUUCAACUUCCCCACCCGCAUCGACACCGAGAACGUCAAGGCCUCGAUGGAGAACGGCAUCCUCUCCGUCACCGUCCCCAAGGCUAAGAAAGCCGAGGCGAAGCGCGUCUCCGUCCUAUGAACAAACAAACAAAAAGCCGCUUCCUUCGCAAACCCACCCGUUUUGCUUGAACUGUCAAGCAGAUUGAUGUCCUAGCCUUGUGAAUUACGCCUACCUACCACAUUCUCUUCGGUAUUCAAGCAUCUUUUAAUACAUUCCUUUUCAAUUCACUAAAGAAGUUUACACACACAAAAAAAACUGGCUUUUGGUGUCGAUGCAUUGCUUACGGAUUAACGAGUCUCAACGAUAGUCUUUCGGCUAGACGGAUUAGGUGGCUAAGGUUAUGAAAAAAAGGGGGGGAGGGAAGCAAAUGAGGAUUACUCCGGUUUCGAUCCUUUCCUAGUAAUUCUUAUACAUAGUUCAAAUAUAAUUAAUUUUAUUUGAAA